AUGCCAAUCAAAUUUUUAAGUAAUUAUUCAAGAUUUGCAGUACUUUCCGGAAAACGUUUAGCAAGUACUCAAUCUAAUGUUAACAUCGGUAAUCAAAUGAAAAUUCUUAAUAAUGAUAAAAAAUAUCAACAAGUUCUUGAAUUAUUUGAUCAAUUCAACGAAAAAAAUAUUAGACAAUGUUCUAAUUGGAUUAUUAUUCAAGCUUUAAAAGCAUGUACUGGAAUACAUGAUGUUCAAGGUGGUUUGAAAAUUCAUAAUCUUAUUUCAUCUCGAUUAAAAUAUGAUCCUUACGUAUUACCAUCAUUAAUUCAUUUCUAUAGUAAUCCAGUCUUUAUAGGUUAUAUCAAGAAUAAUUUAGCGAAAAAAGCAGUCGAUAUUUUUAAAGAUGUCCAAAAUCCUGAUCUAAUUGCUAUUGUUUUAUUAUUCAAAGCAUGUGCUAAAUUAGGCACAAGUGAAGCAUUAAAUUUAGUCAAAACUGUUGCAUCAAAUACUUCACAAAAUUUUUAUUCAAGUCCAUAUAUUUUAACUUCUCUUAUUGAUGCUUUUAUGAAAUGUGGUGAUGUAACAAAUGCUGAAUUAGUUUUUCAAACAUCAACAAAAAAUGUAUUAUCAAUCUAUGGAGCUAUGAUGAAAGUAAAUAAGAUGCCGAACAAUGCAAUUACUCUUUUCAACGAAAUUCAUGAUCCAGAUGAAGUGACUGUUACCCUUUUUUUUAAUGCAUGUGCUCAAUUGGGAACAGAUAAAGAAUUAAAUUUAGUCAAAACUGUUGCAUCAAAUAUUUCACAAAGUCUUCAUUCAGUUUCUAAUGUUUUAACUUCUCUUCUUGAUGCGUAUAUGAAAUGCAGUGAUGUAACAAGUGCUGAAUUAGUAUUUCAGACGCAAACGAAAAAAACGGUAUCAAUGUAUGGAGCUAUGAUGAAAGUAAAUAAUAUGCCGAACAAAGCUAUUGCUCUUUUCAAUGUAAUUAAUGAUCCAGAUAAAGUGAUUGUCACUCUUUUUUUUAAUGCAUGUGCUCAAUUGGGAACAAAUAAAGAAUUAAAUUUAGUCAAAACUGUUGCAUCAAAUAUUUCACAAAAUUUUCAUUCAAGUUCAUAUGUUUUAACUUCUCUUAUUGAUGCUUUUAUGAAAUGUGGUGAUGUAGCAAGUGCUGAAUCAAUAUUUCGUGCAUCAAGAAACAAAACAUUAGCAAUAUCCAUUUUACUUUAUGUAGGUUUUAAUAAAGAUGAACUAACAGAAAAAACAAUUCAGAUUUUUAAUGAAAUUGAUCAUUAUGAUUUCUAUGGAAAAAAUCAGACUAAAAACGACUUUAAUUUAUUGUUUAAUAUAAAAAAUGAUUGUUAUGAAGCAAAUAUUAUUAUUUAUUUAUGUCUAAUAAAAUCUUUGGCUCAGAUUGGCAUGUUAGAAACAGCUAAAUCGUUUGUUCAAUGUAUUCCAAAUAUUUGUCUGUCCGAUCAUCGAAUUCAAAAUGCGCUGAUUGACAUGUGGGGCAAAGUUGAUUCUCUCGAUGAAGCAAAACAAAUUUUUGAAAAUAUAUCUCAACCUGAUCAUAUUGGAUAUACAGCAAUGAUUAAUUCUUAUGGUUUGAAUGGAAUGGGUAUUGAAGCAGUUGAAUUUUUUCGUCAAAUGCCAAAAGAACAUAUUCGUGAAUCAACUUAUGUUUGUGUUUUAAAUGCAUGUUCACAUUCAGGACUUGUUGAUGAAGCUCGUUCGAUCUUCAACAAGAUUCAAAUGAAAACAGAAAUAAUAUAUACAACAAUGGUCGAUUGUCUUAGUCGUGCAGCUGAUUUUGAAGAAGCACAGGAAUUAAUUAAGAAAUUUGAACGUGAUCAUGCAUCUUCAGUAAUUAUGUAUACUGCCUUAUUAUCAGGUGCUCGGAAUGAUAAAAAUAGUAAAUUAGCACAGGAUGUUGUUGAUCGUAUGCACAAGUUUUUUCCUGAUUUCAAAAACUCAUUAGUUUCAGCUUCGAUUCUUUUGGCUAAUGUUUAUGCAUCAUCUGGUGCCAUGGAAAAGGCAACAGAUAUUAAGAUUCAAUUACAUACAUUAGGGGCAAAAAAGAAAGUGGGCUUAUCACUUACUGAAGUUGAUGGAAAAAUUUUGAAAUUUCGAGCUCAUGAUCGAUCAUAUCCACAAUCUGAUAAACUCUAUGCAGAAGCUGAUCGAAUAUCAAAAGAACUUAUUGAAUACGGACAUAAAUAUGAUGCAAGCUGGAUUAUAAGACCGAUAGAAUCUGAUGAAACAAUUGAAUCAGUUCUUUGUGGACAUAGUGAACGGCUAGCUAUCGCUGCUAAUUUUAUGUUUAAUAGAAAACCCAAGCGCAUUCAAAUUACGAAAAAUCUUCGUGUUUGUGGUGACUGUCAUCGAGCAACAAAAUUAAUUGCUUUGAUUCGUCAAUGUAAAAUAGUUGUUCGUGACGCAAACCGCAUACAUCAUUUUCAUCCAAAUGGUCAAUGCUCAUGUCAAGACCAUUUUUAA